AUGGCAGACCGAGAGUUGACAGAAGAGGAGGUCGCUGACCUUAAGGAGGCCUUUGCUAUGUUCGAUAUUAAUGGAGACGGAACCAUUGAAUUGAAUGAACUCCAACAGGUGAUGAGGAAGCUUGGUCAAAACCCUUCGGAAGCGGAAUUGAUUGAAAUGAUCAACACCGUCGAUGACAAUGGGGACCACGAGAUUGACUUUGAGGAGUUUCUCAUUCUGAUGAAGUCACGAAUUGGUGAAAGAGAUCCAGAGAAGGAAUUGAGGGACGCUUUUGCCGUCUUUGACACGGAUGGAAGUGGAUCGAUUGACAGAAAAGAACUUAAGAGGUUGAUGAAGAAGCUGGGACAGGCCCUGUCUGAGGCCGAACUAGAUGCCAUGAUGGAUGAAGUUGACACAAACGGUGAUGGUGAAAUUAGUUUCGCUGAGUUCAAGGCGAUGAUGGAAUCGUAA